AUUGCGACGCAGGCACGCGCCGGCGUUCCUCCGUGGGCGGAGGCGGAGCGGCGGCAAAGCGGGAUCGAACGAGAUGCAGCAGCAUCUCCAGCGGAUUCGGAAGAUGGCGCAGUAUUACUCUACGUUGAAGCUAACGUCUACCAGACCGGCUGCCUCUUCAGCGCGCGGGUGUGUGAUGAAAGCACCGAAUGGUGUUAUGACGACUAUGCCUUCGGGCGAUGCCUUCCCCAACAUGGACCCAUUGAUAAUGACGCGUUUUAUCGAUUCGACCUCCUUCGGCCGGCCCUGCACGCCCUGCAGCGCGAGAUGGAGCGGCUGUUCCGCCAGGGCUACCGCUGGAGCCACGCCUACACGCAGUGCGUGCUGCAGGCGCUGCUGGCGGACGUGCGCUCGGGGCUGGGCCAGUUCGAGCGCGCGCUGUGCGAUCCGCUGGCCGACCAGGACCUGGAGGCGGCGCUCAAGGCCAUCGAGGGCGACGAGCAGGAACAGCUAGACCAGCGCAACCUGGCCCGCGUGGCCUUCACGCCGUCCGCCUCUGACCCGCACCCGGAGUUCGCGGACGAGGUGUACUUCCCGCCGCUCGGCGACGAGGACCUCGACGUCAACGAGUUAAAAAAUGUACUCACCAGGAAUACAUGGAACGACAAACGCACUUCCACUAUCAAUGCCGCGCCCGAGACUUUAUUUACCACCAAUCCUGCGGCGUCAAGAGCGCCAUCUUCCCGAGUAAAACCUGCAUGUUUAUGCAGCAGUGCAUUAGCGUUGGCGGAGGUGGUGGUGCCGGACGCGCUGCUGCUGCAGAGGGCGUACGAGGACGCGCUGGCGACGGUCGAGGAGCACCGCGAGGAGCGGGAGCUGCAGCGCCAGGCCCAGGCUCAGGCCCAGGCUCAAGCCCAGGCCCAGGCGGAGGCCGAAGCAGAGGCCGAGGCCCAGGCGCGCGCCGGCGCCCUGCUCCUGCAGCCCCUGCCGCCCCUGCCGCCGCUCGACGCCCUGCAGGCCCUGCAGCCCUUCGACGAGGUGCAGCGACGCGCGCCCGAAGUGCUGCAGUAUUCUUUGGAGCUGAUGCUAAAGAAAGCUGGUGUUCGUUUCACUCAUUAG